AUGAGCAUUUUGGCAACUUUUUUUACUGUCAUUCUAACCCUCUUUAUCAAAACUGUUAACAGUUUCAAAUCAGGAUGGAAUUUCUUGUUCCAACAAUUCAACUUCCGGCAUAAACAGUGGCGUAACAAUGGUGAAGAUCUCAACGCACGGCGCUACGAAGGCAAAGGGUUUGAGGGAGCUGUGGAAUGUGCAGUGUGUCUGUGCAAGAUUGAAGAAGGUGACGAGAUUCGAGAGCUCAGAUGCGUUCACCUCUUUCACAGAGUCUGCUUAGACAGAUGGGUCGGGUUUGGGCACAUGACCUGUCCACUGUGUCGCGGUUCUCUACGUCCGCGAAGAAGUGUCGUUGAGGUUGGAGAGGAAGUUUUGUUGUUCAAGUUCUGUUCUUCUCGUUCGAGGGACCGAGAUUUAUGGUGGCUGCGGUAA